AUGUCUCCUAUCCCCCGGCAUGCCGUCAAGCUGACGCAGAGGAUUCGCAAUUCUGAUUUGCGCAAUCUCACGCUCAACCUCAUCGAAGACGCUACUCAGAAGCCUGACUUAGCACACUUCACCAUAGCCAUCCUCAAAAACCCAUCGCACACGAGUCAUACCGACCUCAGGCCGCAUGCCACAGCACUGUUUGCAACCGAGGAACAAUUCAAAAACAACAAGGCUCAGACAGCACAUAUCUACCACGAUGAACAUGGGAGCUAUACUGGUCAUAUUCUGUAUCAGGAAAGAGAGAACAAAUCGUCGGAUGAAUGA